ACAGGAUAAAUGUAAAUGAAGUUGAGUCUACUGUUAGGGUAGGGAAUUUAGAUAUUGAAGGAAUUAGAAAAGGAGAAUUUGAUACAGGAUUUUUGGUCGUUUUAAAAUGCACUCAUGUAAGAAAAAUAGCAUUUCAAAUAGCUG